AUGGCGCCAUCUAAUACAUACAAACAUGGCCUUCUUGGGUUGUUGUGCCUGACACCAGCCCUUGCGUUUGGGCAGAUUAGUAAGGCAGAGAGCAUUCACGCCUGUCUUUCGGAUGGAGGCAUACACGCCUCGAUAUCUACAGAUGCCACCUGGUCGAAUGACACCGCGGCUUUUCAAUUUCGCAUCCCUCGAGAGCCUGUAUCCGUAGCGUUCCCACGGAAUCAAAGCGAAGUCGCAUUAGCAUUGGGCUGUGCCCGGAACGCAUCAACCAAGGUGUCGGUAUUCGGCCGUGGUCACUCUUUCCAAGGUUAUAGCUUUGGCAAGCCUGGUAAUCUGGUAAUCGACAUGGAAGCAUUCACCGAGCUCAGCUUCGACAACUCUACAAACCAGUUGACCUACGGCGGAGGGUCAAAUAUCGGACCAACUGCCAAGUUCCUGUGGGACUCUACGAAGCGCCAUUUCCCUCAUGUACGUGGCUCGCACGUCGGUCUAGUGGGCAGUAGUUUCGGGGGAGGCUUCGGCACAACCAGCAGGUUCCUCGGCAUUCCCGCUGAUAACCUCGUCUCGGUCGAAUACAUGCUUUAUAACGGAACAACCGUGACAGCGGGUCCGGGCUCUGAUCUGCUGUGGGCUGCCCAGGGUGCUGGCCCGAACUUCGGUGUCGUUCUUUCAGCAACAACAAAGACAUUCGAACUACCUCAUGACGGGGCCGUAAGUUAUUCGUUGGCUCUGGGCGAGGUCGAUGUUGAUACCGCAUCAUCUGCCCUUCUCGCAAUUCAGAAGUGGGUUCUUGACGGAAAAGCGUCGGACGAACUCUCUCUUCGCUUCUCCCUGGCCGACUUUGCGUCCGCUGGAUUCUUCUAUGGUCCGGAAGCAGAUUUCGAUUCAGUCUUCGCCCCGCUCGUCGAGUCGUUGAGAUCGAUCACCCCUGCAGUGAACUUGACGAAAACUGUGCUCUCCUCUUUCUGGGAGUCCGAGGUUGCUGCCGCUGGCGCUGGUAUGAACCUACCCACUGGAGGCUCUCUCGGGGGCCGCGCCUCGCUCGUCCAGUCUUGGACAACAACAAACAAGCACCCGCUAAAAAUCAAGCAAGCAAAAGCCCUGCUCACCAGCUAUCAUUCUUUCAACAGAACUGACCUCACUCAAACUGGCUUCCUUGAUCUAUGGGGGGGUGUUAGUCGCCAUAUCGCCGACAGCGAUCAUGCGUUCGCGCACGGUGAUAAUCUCUGGCUGAUACGUGUUGAUGGCGUUGCGAGUUUAGGCGUCUGGCCCAGCGAUGGCCUUGCUUACAUGCAAAACCUCCUCCAGCCGUUCGAAAGUUCGCUGAAGAAGUCCGCUCCUCUUCGCAGCUUCGUCAACUACGUCAACUCAGAGCUAAGUGUCAAAGAGUGGAGCUCAAGACUGUAUGGCGCCAACUUUGCAAGACUUCAGAAGAUCAAGGCGGCUAUCGAUCCUACUGGACUCUUCUCUGGAUACGGCCUUGCUAUUCCAAUUGCUCGUGCUACUCGCUCUUGA